AUGCCUCCUCGGAAGAAAACUAAGCGUGCACAUUCCACAUCACCGCCAGCUGAGGCAGCGCAAUCUAGCGCGGACACUCCGGGUUCCACUGACAGCGUUGAGAAGCUUGAGGCAGAUUAUGACCUGCUCACAGAUCCAUGGUCUGAUGAGCAAGAGACUGCACUUCUAAAGGCAAUCAUAAAAUGGAAACCAGUUGGUGAGUUUAGAUACGGCUUUCACAAGCAUUUCCGAAUGGUCGCCAUAUCAGAGUUUCUAAAGAUUAACGGAUAUGGCCCUGCUAGUGGGGAGCACCUGGGUAUUCCAGGAAUAUGGAAGAAGUUGGGUACUCUCUACAAUCUGGAAGCUCUCAAUGAACGGGAGGACUCGUGGAUUGCAGAUACCAAUGAAGAUGAAGAGCGAUACUGUCCGUUCGAGCUUCCUUAUGACGAAUACGGCGACCUGAUGUUUGAGAGACGGCUGGCUACGGAGGGCUCCUUGUCCCCAGUAAUGAGUCGCACCGCUGAUUCUCGACGAGGGAGUACAGUGGCUGACACCGAUGAACCGCGCUCCUCUCCCGCUCCAUCUCGAGGUCGAAAGUCCACCCGUGGCACUCGUCAAACGGCUCGUGAAACUCGAUCCACAAGACUCCAUGUGGAAAUUGGUCCUGGCGGCCAGGAGAAAGCAUCCGACGAGGAUCUAGAGUCCGACGAAGACACUGGUGGAAAUGACGAUGAUGAUGAAGAGGGAGACGAGGGCAGCGAUGGAAAGGAGAGCGAGGACGAAGAAGAGGGCGAUGAUGAGAAAGAAGGGUCAAGAAGCACUCGGGCGCAAACGUCUCGAACAAAGCAAAAGGAUAAGAAGCCUUCCACCAAUACGGGGACUCGGAGAACUGGCCGUCGUCGCUGA